AUGGCUACGAGUAUGGGCCCUAACUUCACCGGAGGUCACCCAGCAGGCAUGGGGCAUCCGGGCGUCCCUGGACACGUCAUGGGCCCCGGAAUGCCUCACAACCCAGGCCAGCAGGGCGCUCCCGCCGGCGCCGUGCCACCUCAGUUUGGUGCUGGCCCCAUGGCCGUCUCGGCUCCAGGAGGACAGAUCCACCCUUCCAUGAUGAGCAUGCCCCCCGGCGCCGGUCCCCACGGCCCCGCCGCCCUGCAGCACAUGACUCCCCAGCAGCAGCAGCAGUUUCUGCAACAGCAGCAAUUUCAGAACCAAUUCCACAACAACCCAAACGCCAUGGUUGCCAUGAGGCAGCAGCAGCAGCUCUUCCAGCACCAGCAGCAUGCUAGGCAGAUGAUGGCAGCCCAGCAGGCCUACGGUGCCAACUUCCCAGGCGGUAAUAUGCAAAUGGGUAUGCCGAUGAACGCGCAGAUUCAUCAGCUUCGUCAGACAGGCAGAAUCCCUCCGCAACUGGCUGCUCAGCAAUACGCUCUCCACCAACAGCAGCAGCAGGCCCAGCAGGCCCAGCAGGCCCAACAGCAGGCCCAGCAGGCUCAGCAGGGUCAACAGCAGGGUCCCCCACAAGGUCCGCAUCCUCAGCAGCAACCCGGACCCAACGGUGGACAGGCCGUACCCAUGACGGCGCAGAACCUCCAGAGCAUGCAGAGCAUGGCCGCCCAGCAGGGCCAGAUCGCCGGGCAGCACGCACAGCAGCCUCCUCAGGGCCAGACGCCCCAGGUGCACACCCCGUCACAGCAGCAGCCUCAGCCUCCCCCGCCCGGUCAGCAGCAACCACACCACACCCCGCAGCAGCAGACGUCACAAGCCGGCACCCCCGGUCCCGGACAACAGACCCCCUCUCAGACGCCCAACUCGACUCCCGUGCAGCUGGGCCCCGGACAGCAGCAGGGACAGCCGCCGCAGGCUCAGCAGCCUCAGCAGCCUCCCCAGCCUCAGGGCCCACAAGGCCAGCCUCACCUCGGGCAGCAGGGCCAGCCCCAAGGUCAACCGCCUCAGGGAGCGGGUGUGCCACAGCCGGGACAGGUGCAAGGUGGGAUGCAGGUUCACGGUCCGCCGCAGCAAGGUCAGCACCUGGCGCACCCGCAGAUGACAGCUGCUGCGCAGCAGCUGGCAUUCCAGAACACCAUAAUGGCGCAGCAGCGUCAAAGACAGGCCGAGAGCUUGAGGGGGCAGUAUAUCCUCAAGCUGGUGCAAUUUGGUGAGCAGCUGAGCAGCUUCCCAGGCACCAAGACCAAAGACGACCUGACCUACUGGAACGCCUUUGUCGAGCGCUUCUUCGCCCCCGAAGGCAUCUUCCGACACUCGCUGCACGUCACCGACGCCAGCGAACCCGCAGCUAAGCAGUACGAAAUCGCCUACCCGGCGAUUGCGAGGUACUUUCACACGCACUUUGGCAGUGGGGUGCGGCACAUGCAGCUCGUCCUAGAUCGGACGACCAUCGACCGACCGAUGCCCCAGGACGGCCACUUCAUCGAGAACCCCAAGGCCAGCCUAGUGUACUGGUUCGAAACGGGGUCGCACCUCGUAGCGCAGGGCACGCUGCGAGCGUACUUCAACGCACAGCAGAAGCUAGAAUUACUCGAGUUUGUCACGACGAGCCACGAGGAAUACGUUUCGCGCAAGCAAGUGAUUGAGGCGGCAAAACCGGCGCACAACUGGAUCAAGGAUUGGCGCAACGUCAACAAUAGCGACUCGAAGCAGUCACCGGAACUGUCCAAGAAGGGCAAAGGGAAGCAGCUCAAGUCGCCGCAGACACACCCGCCCGAGGUGCUGGUGGACCUUCCCGACACAGCGGUCAACAGCAAAGGUGUGACGGCCGCAGUACAUCAGUUUCUAGAGAUUGUCGAGGUGAUGGGCCAGAUGAACCCGCUCUUCGGCUUCUACCAUGCCACACCAGGUCUAGGACCCUACGCCGCGCUAGAGCAAUAUGUGGCCACGAACAUCAACGGAGCACCGGGAGCAGGAGCGGGGCCAGGAGCACCGGGCGGCAUGAACGGGCAACCAGGGCAGGUGCCGGGACAGGUUCCGCGGACGCCGUCCUUCAGCCAGUUCCCGAUGGGAGCGUCGCCGGCGCCAGGACACAUGAACCUCCCCGGGUCGCCGCACGUGGUCGGAGGCAGCCCCAUCCCAGUUGGGCAGAUGCACCAGGCACCAGCGAUGCAGAUGCAGCAGUCGCAGCAGGGCACCAACACCAGCUCCGGCGGACCCAGCGCCAACACGUCGCCCAUGUCCAACAAGCGCAGGAGGCCGUCUGGCGUCAAGACGGAGGACGACAGCGGCCCCACCGGACCUGGAGGCGCCUCCACCCCACAGAUGAAUGGCCUGCAGGGCGUUCCCAGACCCGGAAAGCCAUCUACACCACGCAUGAAUAAGCGUGCAAAGACGAAUCAGUCAUAA